CUCACACCGCCGCCCGCCACUCCGAAGUGGAUUUUCUUUGGGAAUUUUUUUUUUAAACCACUUUCGAUGUCUAUUGUCCAACAAAUACGUCAAUCCACUUUUUCAUACCUUUUUCCGCUAUCGCACGACUCACGCAUCAUCACACCCUUGCCUGUCCGUCUUGAGCUUGUCAAAAGCACCCAUGUGCUAGGCCAAGACUCAGCCAACAAUCCCUGCGCCUUUUUUUUUUCUCUGGUCCCUUUUAGACCCGGUAUCUGAGAACUUGGCGAAUGGCGAGCCAGAGCUCGAUCUGUCAUGGAAUUUGCUGGUUGGCUUCCUUGCUGCUCCCGUCGCAGGGAUCAAGCCCACUACGAGACUGGGCUCGGGUUUGUUCACGUCAGAUAACAAAACCUCAGUUGCCCCCCCUUUCCUAUUCAGUGGUUUGCGCAAGGGUGUGGUUAGAUUUGCAUUGAUGAUUCAGUUGUCGUACUUCUUUUUAUCAUCUCACUCGCCAGUUUUGAAGUCAGCUCUGUUUCUUUUUUGCAUCCGCUCCAUUUUCCAUUUUCAACCGUCAGGAGCUUCAGUAUCAAAUAGCAACCAACGUCUUUAAUCGAACCAGUUACAGUUUGUCAAAGAAACUUGGUUGACCCUCAGAAGAGUCAGAAGGUGCUCCCUGUUACGUCACACACAGCCUUAUUACCCCGGUCUUUCCAACGGGGAGAGAAGAAAAAAGAGAGAAAAGAAGAAAAUAGUCUCAAGCCGAAAGCGCAACGAACUUCCAUUUCUGGAAUGCUUUCGAUUUGCCCAGUCUGAGCACUAAAAUAAACAGGUCGCUGUCUUGUGCUCCUGCGACAAAAAAAAAGGACAAAAACAACAAGAAAAACGACACUGCGAUACUCAUUUGUGACUCCUCGAGUUUGGGGUCCGGGAAAAUUUCGUGAAACCAACCAACGAUCGUCGCCGGCGCAGGCUGCCUUGGCGCACCAACUAGUGCUGAUAGCUUCACCUUCAGCCCUGCGGCAUACACCACUGCAUCUACCUGGCCUGUGCUUGGACACUCGCCUGCAAUGCCUUCGUUCAACCCUUUCUCAGCCGUUACCGGCCGACAUGCCUUCAGCCUAUUCGACAUAAGGUUAGAAAAUGACUUUCUCGUCUUCCGUGGCAAUGAGCACGAAGCUGCAAGUCAGUUGCUCAAGGGCGUUCUCGCUGUGUGCGUGCCUGGGCCGACCAAGAUUGAGGACAUCCACCUGAGGUUAAUUGGAACCUUGCGCCUGAGCUGGGCGGAUACAAAAGCGACACCUAGCGGCAUUUCCAUUCAAAAAUUCGAAAAGACUACCGAGAUUCUCAGUCACAGAUGGCCCAGCUUCAUCGGGACGCCGGGCAAGAGCAUGAUCUUGGACAAGGGCAAUUACGAGUUUCCCUUUGAGCUGAUGCUUCCAGGAAACACUUCGGAGAGCGUCGAGGGCCUUAAAGAGGCGAGCAUCACAUAUCGACUCAAGGCGACCAUCGCAAGGGGGAAGCUGGCAUACGACCACCACGCAUACAAGCACAUCAGGAUGAUAAGGACACUCGACGCCUCGGCGCUUGAGUUUCUUCAUGCUAUGAGCGUGGAGAACAUCUGGCCCAACAAGGUGGAAUACUCGAUUGUUGUUCCUCGCAAGGCAGUUGUUUUUGGAAGCGCGAUCCCUUUCGAGUCUAGGUUUACUCCUCUACUUAAGGGAUUGGAGAUUGGGGAUGUAACAAUAAGGUUGAUUGAGGUCUGUGAAAUCCUAGCGACCUCUGCGACUGGUGUACCCAUCAAGGAGCACAAGAAGGAGCGUGAAGUUACAUCCUGGGUUCUGCCCGUGACACGUGAAGAGCACUGGCAAGAUGUGAUCGAGAACACAGGACAGGAGGGCUGGGUAUUGACGUCGGAUCUUGAUUUGCCCCGCAAGUUGGGCAAGUGUGUGCAAGAUGUCAACACGCACGGCAUCAAGACGCGACACAAGCUCAAGAUUGUUGUGGCCCUUCAGAACCCAGAUGGUCACAUAUCAGAGCUUCGGGCUACACUACCCGUUACAAUCUUCAUCUCUCCGAAUAUUCCUCUCGACGAAGAAGGAAACCUCGCACAGCCAGUCCAGCAAAACUCAUCUUCCCAGGAGAGCACCAGUCAAAUAGCGCCACCAGGCUACGGAGAGCACGUUCUGGAUCAGCUAUACUCCAACAUCGACAUGGCCGGAUACCAAACACCAGGAGUGCAGUCCGGCAUGAACAGCCCAUACAUGGCCCUUUCAAGAGCAGGCUCUAACGAAAACCUCGCGGCAAUGCUCAACGAUAAUACGAUAACACCAGCGGCACUAACAUCACGACUGCAAGAUGUUUCUGUGGCCGGAAGCCCUAUCCAUCGAGACUCAUCCUACGCUUCAUUAACAUCCGCCCUUGCGCUCAGCCAAAAUGCCGAUACCACACCCGCCAACACCUCACCACCAGCUUCAGCCCCACUAUCCCGUCACGACAGCGGCGAGGAGCACCACUCGGGCAACCAAACACCCGAGCACGUCGACUUGCCCGAGCUCUCCGAACUCAGCAAGGUUCCCAGCUACGCGACGGCCAUCCGUUCAUCUCGCGUCUUUGCCCCCGCGGCAAAUGCGCUGCCCGACUACGCCACAGCCACGAGCGAGCCUACGACCCCUGCAGUCACCACGCCGGUCAUGACUCCAGUGGCGCAGACCGCCAACCCCCUCGAGCAGAUUCCAGAAGACCCGUUGGAGCAGAGGACCGCAUCCCCUGCAGCAACGCCCGCAUCACCAACCAUCAUGAGCACCAGCGCCGACCAGCACCACAAUCACCAUCCCCAUCCCCAGCGACCGAACCCGCGCAGACACUCUUCGUUUGGCGGCUUCUUCUCCAGCCACCACUCCCUCGGCAUGCACCACUUCCAUCAUCACCAUGGAGAGGGCGACGAGAGGAGGAGGUUUACGCUGAUGCAGAUGCGGGACCCUGUCUCUUAGUCGGGGCUCAUGUUUCGCCGUAGCGAAAUAUUGGUGUGAUACUUUGUAUGAUUUUGGACUGCGCUGGGAAGUAUAUUUCGCUCUCUCAUAAAUGAGAUUUUGGAACCUAUGACUUUGGGGAUUUGAGUCUCCUUUUUGUUUCGCUUUAUUCUUUUUUUUUUAUGAUACUCCUUAUUUCCUGUUCUCCUAAUACUACAGCAACACUUUUGUCACUUAUCCAGUUGUAUAUCCCCCCAAUCUCAAUCUGCUUGUUUUAUUGGUUUGCUCAUUUUCUUGUUUGGGAUUCACAUCUAUAUCGGCGCAUAUAUGGAGGUAUUGGAAUAAAUCGCAUAGAUCGAUAGACAGGAGGCUUGCGUUGUUUUUUUCAAUGUUAGCCUUUUCUUAUUUUUUUUUUUUUUUUUUGCUGGACAAUGCUUUCAGUCCUUGUUAGUUUUUAUAUGCCGGUUUUAGGCUUGUUGCCUUUGUGAAUAGAC